AUGGUAAAUGUAACUUUCACAACUGGAUUUCUCCUCAUGGGCUUCUCUGAUGAUCGUAAGCUUCAGAUUUUACAUGCAAUGCUCUUUUUGGUGAUAUACCUGCUGGCCCUCACAGGUAACAUGCUGAUUAUCACCAUAAUUACCUUGGACAACCGUCUGCAUUCUCCCAUGUAUUACUUCUUGAAGCACCUCUCUCUUUUGGACCUCUGCUUCAUCUCUGUCACAGUCCCUCAGUCCAUUGCAAACUCUCUUAUGGGCAGUGGUUUCAUUUCCCUUGGUCAGUGUAUUCUUCAGGUCUUUUUCUUUAUAGCCCUGGCCUCAUCUGAAGUGGCCAUCCUCACCGUGAUGUCUUAUGACCGAUAUGUUGCGAUCUGUCAGCCACUCCAGUAUGAGACCAUUAUGGAUCCCAGUGCCUGCAGGUGUGCAGUGAUGGCUGUAUGGAUUGCAGGAGGCCUCUCUGGGCUCAUACACACAGCUGUUAAUUUCUCGAUUCCUCUUUGUGGGGAGAGAAUUAUUCACCAGUUCUUCUGUGACAUUCCACAAAUGCUGAAACUGGCUUGUUCUUAUGAAUUCAUUAAUGAGAUUGCAGUGGCUGCCUUCACGACCUCGACAGCAUUUAUCUGCCUGAUCUCCAUCAUAUUCUCCUAUAGCCAAAUCUUCUCAGCAGUGCUGAGAAUUCCAUCAUCUGAUGGUAGGGCCAAGGUCUUUUCCACCUGUCUACCACACUUAUUUGUAGUCACCUUCUUCCUUUCAGCUGCAGGAUUUGAAUUUCUAAGACCCCCUUCAGAUUCCCCAUCAGCUAUGGACCUUAUGUUCUCCAUAUUCUACACUGUGAUACCACCAACACUGAAUCCAGUUAUCUAUAGCUUACGAAAUGAAGCCAUGAAGGCAGCUCUGAGGAAGGUGCUGUCAAAAGAAGAAUUGUCUAAGAGAACAAUGUAUUUAAAAUCCUUGUUCAAACUCUAG